AUGUCGGCAGUACACAAUUGGACAGAGAACUGCACCAACUCCAAUGAUAUGGCUCUUCCUUUGGUUCCACACAUGGACUGUCCCUCCAACCGCAAGUAUGCCACCAACUUGAUACCUUUUCUCUUUUACAUCCUUUCAAUCUUUGGAACGAUUGGAAAUCUAUGGAGCCUCUGGGCUUGUCUGCGGUCAUCCCAUCCUUGGAGUAUUGGGUCCAUUGGUGUACUGAACCUAGCUCUGUGUGACCUUGCCUAUUUGGCCUCAAUGGGACCCUGGGCUGUUUACGUAAGCUCUGACUACCACUGGAAAAUUGGCCGUUCGCUCUGCAUUGUGAUGAAAAUCCUGUACUUUGUCGGGUUGACGUCUAGUACCAUGUUCAUCUGCGCCAUAAGCAGCGACCGCUUCCUUGCAAUCGUCUUCCCUCUGGAGUCCCGGAUGAUCCGCACCCCUCGGAACACUGCACUGGUUUCGCUUCUACUCUGGGCCAUCACUGCCCUCUUUAUCUACUUCAGUUAUCCUAACAUUUUCUAUGCGGUCAGGAAAGAUGGCAUCCAUGUGUGUGGAGCGGUGGUGAUCUCGAAGUUCAGGACCUCUGAAGCAACCUACAAUCUCAUGUCCUACUACUCCAUUCAGGUUUCUGUCCCACUGCUCCUCAUCAUUCCUGCCUAUGUGAAGAUCAUUUCCAAGAUGAAGCAGUCGAGGCAGCAGUGGGGCCAAGGCAACAUGCAAGGCCUGGACAAGACCAUCUGGCUGAUUGCCAUUUUCAUUGCCAACUUCCUGGUGUGUUGGGUGCCAGGACAGCUGCUCUACAUCAUUGCCUCGUGGGCAUGGUGA